GUUGUGCAACAAACAGAUUUCUUUCUUCUGGAAGAUCCAGACCCAACCGCAGUACAGAAAUACUCAGCUUGAUGGAGCUGCCACCUCGCCCACAACUGUUUGACUUCAAUGGAGUCUCCAUGACCAACAUCUUCACUGACAAUUGGGACAAUGUACAGAACUUCAAAGCAAGACCGGAUGAUAUUCUUAUCGCAACUUACCCUAAAGCAGGAACUACAUGGGUCUCUUACAUCUUAGAUCUUCUGUAUUUUAGCGAUAUGGGUCCAGACCGUCAGACAUCCAUCCCUAUUCAUGAAAGAGUUCCCUUCCUGGAGUUCUGUCUACCUCCUAUACCUUCAGGUGCAGACCUGGCAGACAAGCUUCCCACCACUCCUCGUCUCAUUAAAACUCAUCUACCAGUCCAGUUUGUACCAAAGUCCUUCUGGGAGCAGCGCUGCAAGGUGGUCUAUGUGGCCCGCAAUGCAAAGGACAAUGCAGUGUCCUAUUUCCACUUUGACCGCAUGAACCUUAUCCAGCCAGAACCAGGAGACUGGAGCAGCUAUCUGCAGGGUUUCAUGGAGGGAAAGAGGGUUUUUGGAUCCUGGUAUGACCAUGUGAACGACUGGUGGGAGAAGAAGCAAAGUUAUUCAAAUCUCCACUACAUGUUCUAUGAAGAUUUGAUUGAGGACUCUGAGCAAGAAAUAGACCGACUGUGUUCCUUCCUUGGUUUGUCUCCAUCACCUGAAGAGAAGGAAAGAGUCAGAGCCAGUGUGACGUUUGACAGCAUGAAACAAAACAAGAUGACCAACUAUACUUCAGUUCCAGUGAUGAACCACAAGGUGUCUCCUUUCAUGAGAAAAGGGAAAGUUGGUGACUGGAAGAACCACUUCACUGUGGCCCAGAAUGAGCAGUUUGAUGAAGACUACAAGAAGAAGAUGAAGAAUCCUGAUUUAAAGUUUCGCUGUGAAAUUUAAAGCCCCAGCUGGGCAUGAUGGAGUUCUGAUCUGAUGUAAGUUAAGAAAAAUCAAAUGUUAUACUUGAUUUAUGUAAUUUUCUUCCACUGUGAUGCAGAUGCAUAUAAAUAACAAAACAUGAAAAACAAUUCAUUGACACUGAGGUUUAACCAGAAUAAUA